AUGGUGGAUCAGGAACAAAUAAGAAAACGAAUGUCUCAAAUUGAGCUUAAUAUUGACGAAAUGAAUCAUGUCAUUGAAGAGAAUUUAAAUGUGAGCUCCGAGGCAAAAUUUAAUGCUUUAGAUGGUGAUGAUGUCGAUAAAGAUGCGAGCCAAAAUUACGAAGACCGCAAGGAAACACAUGGCCAUGGUCCCUUGGAAGAGGUAACUAUGAGUCGGAUUAACGCGACUUUGAAUGCCACGAAUAUGAAAGACGAGGGCGCAAUAACUGAUGUUGAUAAGGUACUUGUUGCUUCGGAGACCGAGGUUAGCCAGAGUGCUGCUCUGAAUGAUACGAAGAGUGCGCUUCAAGGGCAAGAAGCUCAGCUGACAGAUACAGAUGUAUCUGCUCGAGAUGAGUUGCCUUUGAAAGAGGCCGAUGCGAAUGGGGGUGCUUCUCAAGUUCCAGACGGCAUGGGCCAGUUGAAUAUGCCCAAAAGACGUGAACAAGUCGAGCAAGCGCCCCGGCGGGUCCCAUCUAAUCCGUUCCGCGUGGUUUCAGUCAGUAAAAAAGUUUCCGAGGGCACUUCGACCCAGAAACUUCAAGCACGACACGAUUAUCUCACAGCCAAGUGCUCGAAGCUACAACGGGAAAUUCAGUAUCUGGACGAUUUGAGAGACCGCGGAUCCCUUCCGCGAGGUGAGGGGAAAAAAAUGGACGAGGCCCAAGGGAAACUUAAAGAAUAUUUGGAUAGUAAGAUGAAAGAGCGGUACGAAAUUGGCGUACUUCUGAGCCGACAGCUUCGGCGGGAAAUUGACCGUGGUCAAAAGGGCCAAUUUUGGGUAGGCAACUAG